AUGAGUGCUCAGACUCCACCCACACUCCUGAAGCUGGCAAGGCAGGCUCUGCUGAGAGAUGAGACCUUAGUCAUGUCAGCUCUGGACAAACUGCCCAUGGAGCUCUUGCCAGCACUAUUCAAGGAGGCCUUGACUGGCAGACAUACUAUGACUGUGAAGGCAAUGGUGGCAGCCUGGCCUUUCCCCUGUCUCCCUGUGGGGGCAUUGAUGAAGACCCCUGACUUGGAAACCUUGCAGGCAGUUCUAGCAGGAGUAGACAUGCAGCUGCAAAGAAAGAUUCACUCCAGGUGCUUGAUGGCCCCAUUGGAGACCCUGUCCAUCACCUCCUGCAACCUUUCACAGUCAGACCUGAAUUCCUUGUCUGAGUGCCCGAAGCUCUUUCAGCUGAAACAUCUGGACCUGAAACGUGUGUGCUUAACAGAUUUGGAUGUUAGGCCUCUCCAAAUCCUCCUAGAGAAUGUGGCAGACACUUUGCAAUCCCUGAACUUGGAGUCUUGUUGGAUGAUGGACUCCCAUCUCCAACUGCUCAUACCUGCCCUCAGCAAGUGCACUCAGCUGGCCAAUGUCAGUUUCUAUGACAAUGACUUCUCCAUGCACAACCUGACGAACCUUUUGCAGCACACAGCUAACUUGAGCAAGAUGAAUGUGGAACAGUACCCUGCUCCGCUGGAAUGCCAUGAUGAGUUAGGUUAUAUCUCCAUAGAGAGAUUUACCCAACUCUGUGCAGAGCUAAUAGAUAGACUCAGGGCCAUAAGACAGCCCAAGUGCAUCUCCUUUGCUACACUUAUUUGCGCUAGAUGUGGAGAGCGUUCUGUCUAUGACCAAGAACUCAGACUCUGUGUUUGCCAGCAGAGCACUGUGCAAGGAGGCCUUGACUGGCAGACACACUACAACUGUGAAGGCAAUGAUGGCAGCCUGGCCUUUCCCCUGUCUCCCUGUGGGGGCACUGAUGAAGACCCCUUACUUGGAAACCUUCAAGGCAGUUCUAUCAGGAGUAGAUACAUGGCUGCAAAGAAAGUUUCACCCCAGGAGGGGAAACUUCAGGUUCUUGACCUGAGGAAAAAGCACCACGAAUUCUGGAGCAUAUGGACUGGUGAAGAGGAUGGUGACUGCUCAGCAGAGACCCCAGAUGAGCAGCAAGUAGUGAAGGUCCUUCCCAGAUAUGCACUGAGGCGGUGCCUGAAGGUGGUAGCUGACCUUUGCCUCAGGCCACGUGUAGAUGAAGAACAAACAUGCUUCUUGCAGUGGGCCCAGCAGAGAAAGGACUCCAUCCAGUUCUGCUGUCCACAAAUGACUAUCUGGGCUCAGCCUAUCCACGUUAUUAAAGAGGUCCUGAAUGUUUUUCAUCCAGAGCAUAUCCGAGAAUUCGAACUGAACACACACUGGAAUGUGUUUAUGCUGGCAGACUUUGCUCCUUGCCUGGGCCAGAUGAGAAAUCUUCACAAACUCUUACUGGCACCCAUCUCCAAGAAUGUCUUCAAGAUUAGCAACAGGACAACAGACAGGGAAGACAAGUGUAUCCACAAGUUCAUUUCUCAGUUCUCCAGAUUCAACUGUCUUCAGCACCUCUCCUUAAAGAGUGUCUACUUUCUCAGAGACCGCAUCAAUCAGCUCCUCAGAUGCCUGAUGACCCCGUUGGAGACCCUGUCCAUGACUUAA